ACAUAAACCUGAUGAACCUGCUAAAGUUGUUCAAACUUUCAACAUCAGACAUGUGAGGCUUUAUUUUGCGUGAAUACAUAGCUCAGGAGGCAAUUCUAAUUGUCUGUUUACAGAUUCAGUAUCAAAAUUCAAAUAUUAACGAAAUACAUAAUGUGUCAUUUUAAAAAGUAUAUAAAAUGACAAUUAGUUAAACUCCAUCCAUCCAUCCAUCCAUCCAUGUUCUAUAGCACUUAUCCUUCCUUCAGGGUCACGGGGAACCUGGAGCCUAUCCCAAGGAGCAUCAGGCACAAGGCGGGGUACACUCUGGACAGGGUAAUUAGUUAAACUUUUUCAAAUUAAAGAAUAAACACAUUCUUAAUUAAAUUUAAUUUCAAUUCAUAUUUAAGCACAAAUAAAAUUUUAUUCUAGCGUGAGGUCUCAUACUGUCUCAUGAUUCUUUACUGCCAAGCAUAAAACUGGCCAAUAAACCAACUUCCAUUAUGUAAAAAAAAAAAGUUUGAUAUGCAGUUGUAUACAAAUGUGUUGAUCUUUGCACAUCUCUUGUCUAUACAUGACUUACACAAUUUCCAAAGUCGCCCAAGUUUCUGUGACGCUUGAGCAGGCAUGGCACAGCGUUGUGUGACUGCCUCAUGUCUAAAUCUCCUCCCUCUUUAGUCCAACCCAGAUAGAAAAAAAAACUCAGGUUCAGGCUUCAGUCACAUGUUAACUUGGACUGAGCAGCCGUCUGAGUCAGGCUCCUCUCUGAGACAGAUUUUCCUACAGGGAUGACGGCUUGUGCAUCGACUGCUGGUCCUUGGUUGCAGAGCUAUGCCAACAAACUAGGUGACAAUGCUGAGGCACAAAAGACAGAUGUGAACUAACCUUAUUGUUGGUUGAGGGAGUCAAGAAAGAACAAGGCAAUGAGGUCACACUUGCCUUUUCCCUGCACAUCUGCAAUAUGCCUGUAUGACCUAUAAUGGAACUCAGACAAGUUCGAUUUGAGAGCAGGAACUCGAAGAGUCUUAACGUGUAAGGAUUUAGAAGCGCAGUUAAGGUAUCAGAAUGAUUAUGAAUUUCAGGAGGGUCAAAAAAUCUCAGUUCCCAAAGCUAAUUUUCAUGUGCUGUGUCCUCUUGACAAUGCUGUACUGGGAGCAAGUGGACAAUCACAUCGUGAGCCAUAUGAAGUCCUUCUCCUACCGCUACCUGAUCAACAGCUACAACUUCAUCAACAAGUCCUUGAGCGUGAGCCAUGAAGAGGCUUCCCGCUUCAAUAGCUUUCCAUACCUCAUAGACCACAAGGACACGUGUAUAGAGAAGGAUGUGCUGCUUCUUCUCUUCGUUAAAACCUCCCCGGAGCACUUUUUGAGAAGGCAAGCGAUUCGCUCUACAUGGGGGAACCACACUUACAUCAAGAGGGAGCUGGGUGUCAAUGUGAAGGUGGUGUUUGUUAUGGGUGUCCACCCAGCUGGACACAAACAUGAUGCAAUUCAGAAACAGCUCCAGGCUGAGGACCAGAUCUACAAAGACUUGGUCCAGCAGGCUUUUCUGGACACUUUCCACAACCUGACUGUGAAACUCCUGCUGCAAUUCCACUGGGCGCAUGCCAACUGUGCCCACGCUCGCUUUUUAAUGUCUGCCGAUGAUGACAUCUUUGUCCACAUACCCAACCUGGUCCGUUCUCUCCAGGAGCUCAGCGCUCAGGGUGUUGUGGAUCUCUGGGUGGGACACGUUCACCGUGGUUCGCCUCCUAUUCGACGCAAGAACAGCAAAUAUUACGUGCCCGUCCAGAUGUACCCAUGGUCCGCCUACCCAGACUACACUGCAGGAGCGGGCUAUGUAGUGUCCAGGGACGUAGCUGACAAAAUUUACCAGGCUACUUUGUCCCUUAACGCCUCUCUCCACAUCGAUGACGUUUUUAUGGGCAUCUGCGCAAUCACCGUUGGGGUAUCACCCCAGGAACAUGUUUACUUCUCAGGUGAGGGGAAAGCCCCCUAUCACCCAUGCAUUUAUGAGAAGAUGAUCACCUCUCAUGGACACGCAGAUGAUGUCGGCUAUCUUUGGAAGGUUGCAACUUCCCCAAAGGUAAAUGGCAUCUCUUCAGGUUUCUUUGGGAAACUAUACUGCACAGCUGUGAAAAUCAGGCUGCUCUGUUGGCCCUCCUUUACAAACACAUAUUCCUGCAAAGCAGCCUUUUUAUGAAGGACUAUGAGAUUUUCUCUGUGAAUCAGUAUUUCAUAUUAUGUAUAUCUUAAUAUUAGUUGUUUUCCAUGUAAUAAUGAAAAUACCAAAGCCAUUUACUUAAGUGUUUGUUUACCUAUUUUUUAGGACUUGUAAACAUGUGAAAGAGCUGUGUAACUAAUUGAGGAGCUGUGUGCUUGUUUUUAUUUGGACUAGGAUUGCUUUUUUUAAUUAAACAGACUAAUCACA